GUCCGGUAUACCAGAACGUACCCUGGUCACUAUUUGAUAUGGUUUGUGUUGUUAUUGAGGCAUUGAUGUCAUCAACAACACCUUCGACCUGAAAUAUGACUGAGGUAGUUAGAACAUACCAAGAAGAGCUUGGCUUCUUGGAAAAGCUUACACCGCACUCAUGGCGAAUCAAGAAGGGAUUUGUGAAGAACAUGAAUGUGGAAGGUAUGUUCUACGUGAAUGAGCAUCUAGAGAAGUUGAUGUUUGAUGAACUACGGCAGUUCAGCAAUCACAAGGGAGUCGGAGGUUUUCUGCCAGGCCUGAAGCAGAUAGGGAACGUCGCUGCACUGCCUGGCAUCAUACAUAAGUCGAUCGGUCUCCCGGACAUACAUUCCGGAUACGGUUUUGCGAUCGGCAACUUAGCGGCAUUUGACAUGAACGACCCACUGGCCGUUGUUUCUCCAGGCGGCGUCGGGUUUGACAUUAACUGCGGGGUGCGUCUACUGCGGACGAACCUAACCGAGAAGGAUGUGCAGCCGGUGAAGGAGCAACUAGCACAGAGCCUGUUUGACCACAUCCCCGUCGGAGUCGGCAGCAAGGGAGUCAUCCCGAUGAAUGCAGGAGACCUCGAGGAGGCCCUGGAGAUGGGAGUCGACUGGUCGCUGAGAGAGGGUUACGCGUGGGCGGAAGACAAAGAACAUUGUGAGGAAUACGGCCGGAUGCUGAAUGCUGAUCCGUCAACAGUCAGCACUAAAGCGAAGAAACGUGGCUUGCCCCAGCUGGGAACGCUGGGCGCGGGCAACCACUACGCCGAGGUGCAGGUCGUCGACGAGAUCUACAACAAGGAUGCUGCGCGCAAGAUGGGCAUCGAGUUUCCCGGCCAGGUCUGCGUGAUGAUCCACAGCGGCAGCCGCGGAUUCGGCCACCAGGUGGCGACAGAUGCCCUGGUUGCUAUGGAGAGAGCCAUGAAGAGGGAUAAGAUACAGGUCAAUGACCGGCAGCUGGCGUGUGCGCGCAUUGCCUCUAAGGAGGGCCAGAACUAUCUGAAGUCAAUGGCAGCCGCCGCUAAUUUUGCCUGGGUCAACCGCAGCAGUAUGACCUUCCUCACACGCCAGGCCUUCGCGAAGCUGUUUACGACGACCCCUGAUGACCUUGACAUGCACAUCAUCUACGACGUGUCGCACAACAUUGCCAAGGUCGAGGAGCACAUGGUUGAUGGCCACCAGAAGACUCUGCUUGUUCACAGGAAAGGAGCGACGCGAGCGUUUCCGCCGCAUCAUCCUCUUAUCCCGGUCGACUAUCAGCUGACAGGCCAGCCGGUGCUCAUUGGGGGAACGAUGGGUACAUGCAGCUACGUGCUCACCGGCACAGAGCAGGGCAUGAAGGAGACGUUCGGCACGACCUGUCACGGAGCCGGUCGGGCGUACUCGCGUGCAAAGUCGCGCAGGAACCUGGAUUACAUGGAGGUACUGGAGAAACUGGAGGCAAAGGGCAUCUCCAUUCGCGUCGCCUCGCCAAAGCUCGUCAUGGAGGAGGCGCCGGAAUCGUACAAGAACGUCACCGACGUCGUCGACACGUGUCAUGCGGCUGGAAUCAGUAAGAAGUGCAUCAAGCUACGUCCGAUCGCAGUCAUUAAGGGAUGAGGAGGCCAAUCGAUUUGGCGGUGGAUGAGGAUGAAGAGGCUGAGGCAGGCAGAGUGGAUGUGGAUAAGACGGCUGAAGAGACAGAUUAGGCGGCUGAGUAGGACAAAGUGGAUGAGGAUGAGGAGGCUGAGGGAUGUCACGUGGAUUAGGAAGAUGUGCUGGCCUCAUUGCAUCACUGAUAGAUGCUCGUUUGAUCGUAAGGUCGCAGAGCCUCACUCGCUCAGCUAAUGCGUGCCAGGUCUGCAGCCAACAGUAGCAGCAGCAGCAUCAGCAUCAGCAGCAGCAGCAGCAGUAUCAGUGGCAGCAUCAGCAGCAGUAUCAGCAGAAGCAGAAUCAGCAG